AUGCAGUCCCCUAAACUCCUUUCCGUUGCCUUUCCGAGUCUGAGAUGUCUCAGGCCGCCACUCCCAUCGACUGGACCAAACUUUGGUCCAGUCACCAAAGUUCCCGAAGCAUCCAAAAAAUUUAUCCUCGAACGCUAUGGUACCUACUGGUCGGACUCCGAGGGGUCAGUCAAAACACGCCCACUCCCCGCGACCAUCGACGACCUUGCAAAGAUGUUUCACGAAUGCAAAUUCUUUGGCUACAUGACACCUGAAAUUUGCGCGCUCCUUCUCGACAUCAGCGAGUUUGGGCUUGCCGAACACCGCCCUACUAAUACAAUCAUUGGUCUUCCAGUAGGCCCGCGCUUCUACAUGAAGUUUCUGGAGCAGAUUUGGUUCAUCCUCUUCGUGCCAAGAUACAGGUACGGGAUCAGCGGCUACAGCCCAGACAUACCAUACACUGACGACUGGUUUGAAGAAGCGGGGAUUGCGCGUGACAAAGCAUUGGCUGAGGACUACGACCCGAAGCUCUGUAAGGAGGUCAGUCGGAUUGGAACGGCUGGGGUAGAAUUUCACAAAGAGGUGGCUGGGUGGCAGGGCUCUACGCUGCAAAGUGACCUGGAGUUCUCACAGCUAGCGAAGGCAAUCAUGGGACUUCCAGCUAAACACCCGGCGCGUGUGGAGAUGAUACGAGGCAUAUUUUCUCGGUGA